AAGAAGAUAUGGGCAUACUGAUGAACAGCUUGGGUUCUCUUCUAAAUUUCAUUACUUCAUUUUGGUGGAAUUUUCAAAUUAUAAAGCAGUACUCAUUUCGAAGAAAAAGUAGUGAUCUUUCGACAGCAAGGAUAUGUAAUCCAAACAGUUUCCAAACCUUUCCAAAAUUUGAAGGCAAAAAUUUACUAUUGACUAAUGAUUUUGAGGAGCUUCAAAUUCCAAAUUGUAGAUCUGUGAUGUAUUAUAAGAAAUUACCAUAUUGUGGUCAAUGUGAAAGUCGUCCAAUGGUCAAUCAAAAGGUGACUAUAAGAUGUACAAUUUAUGACCAAAAACAGAAUGUGAAAAAAUUAUACGACGAUGUUAAGAUUGAUCUUGUUAUAGGCAAUUGCAACAAACAUAAACUUGGUGAAGGGCUUGACUUUGCCAUUCGAACACUGAGAGUAUAUGAAGAAGCGAUAUUUGUUAUCCCUAAGGCUAGUAAUUCUCAUUUCACUUUUUUUUUUCUAUUCCUUUAGGGCUCGUUUGGAACGCCGUAUUAGGUCGUAUUGUAUUGUAUUGUAUUAUAUUGAAUUAUAUUUUAUGCAAUAUUUUUAUGUAAAAUUAUAUGUGGUAUUAAUUUUUAUGGACACCUAAAUAUAUAAUAUUUUAGUAUAAAUUAAAGUUUAACAUAGUAUUAUAUAAAAAUAUGAAAUAAUCCAAUUCAAUAUAAUACAAUACAAUACAAUACGAUCUAAUACGGCGCUCCAAACGAGCCCUUAAUAUUUAUAUAAAUAUAUUUAUAUAUAUAAUUAGGGAAUAAUAUAUAUUGACAUAGUGUACUUAUAUAUUAAAUUGAGGGUUAUAGAUAUAUCAUCGUUCUUAUUGAAUAAACAUAUAAUUAGUUUAGUUGAUAUUAAAUUAAUGUUCACUAAUUUUGUUUAAGAAUUAUUUAAAUAUAAUAGGAGACUAAAUAAAACCGGAACUUUGAUACUUGUAAUAAUAUUAAGUGUAAAACUUUUUUGUUUUCGUUAAUUAACACAUGUCAUUAAUUUAAUUAAUUAAGUUUUGUGUAAAUAAUUAAUUUCUAUUUCAUGCUAGAUAUAUUUAAAAAAUUAUAUGUCUAAUUAAUAAUGUUUUCUUCAGAAACUGUGGCCGCCGAAGAUGGAUAAUCCUUGGAAGUGGAAUAAAGAUGAGAUCAUAAUUUGUUAUGUUGUAUUACAAGAAAUUAAGUAGAUAUUAUACGAAAGAAAGUGAGAUUAUAUCUAAGUAAGAGUUAUUGAUAAAUGUAAUUUGUCACAUGUUCAUUUGGAUUAAAAGUUUAGUAUUUUUCGCGUUUCUUUGAUAUUUAUUUGUAGCUUAUUGGUAUUUUAAUUGAAAAUGUUGUUAGAAUUUUUUUUAUUAUUAUUUUUAUAAACGCUUUAUUCUACUUUUUGAGUAAUAUAUUAUCAAAUAAUUAAUUUUUAUUUAAUGUGUAUU